AUGUCGAACUAUUUACCACUACACGUUGCCAUGUCCUUCUUGAUGGUCGACGCGGUCAUUGAAGUGGGGUUUGUCGGGUCGAUGGUCGGUUUCUUGCACGACCGCGCAGGCAGAUUCUUCACCAUCGAUGCUCCCAACGGCACUUUCGACCUUCACGGCAAGCCAAAGGGACUCGUCGUCGACCAAGGUCAUACAAGCAACGGCGCUGCGGGAACCGCCCUUGUCCUGGUCGGCUUCUUGGGAUUGCUUACGAUUUGGAACGAGAAACGAAGAACCAGAAGGACACAAGCGACCAACCACUCGGGCUUCUUCGUCUUCUGGGUGGUUAUGACCGUUCUGUCCGCUCUCCUCACCCUUGCCGCAUUAAUCUACACUUUUGUGGUCACUGCUCAGACCGACGACCAGACGAUCAACCUGACCGUCGCGGCAGCGAACCCUGAACCGCUGAUGUACCCGCUCGACAAGUGGACGCCCGAAAACUGGUUUGUCGCGGUGCUCGCGCUCCCGCUCGCGCACGCCAGCGAUCGUCGCGACAUUCGCAAUCACCUCCGCCUGAUGAGAGGGUGGAGGUGGAACCUCAUUCCGCUAUUCAUCCUCGGCGUCGUGGUUGCCGUGCUGGCCGUGUGGGAGUUGGUCGGCGGGCGGAAAUGGAGGCAAGGCGAUUCGAAGGAGAAGCUGAGAAAUUCGACGCAGGGCCAGCGCUAUUAA